CUGCCCACAUCUCACCCCACAGCCGCUGCCUGCAUCUGGGCCACCGCUGGGGCCCGGGCGGGCGGACAGCACCCCGGGCAUGCACAGCUCCCGCCUGGACAGCUUCCUGGGGCAGCUCCGCUUUGAACUGCUGUGUGGGCGGGCACCGGGGUCGCCCCAGAUGCAGUGCCCGAUGCGGCCCCUCCCAGCGCCGAAGCGGGAUCCAGGCGGCGCCCCCCGGCCAGCGCCCGCGCCCUGCCACCCCCUGCGCGCCUCAGCCGCCUCCGAGGCCGACUCGGCUUGCUGCCUGGAGGAAGAGGAGGAAGGGGCUGCUCUGCCCCCCACUGAACGCAGCUUGGACUGGGACUCGGGCUACUCUGAAGUGUCAGGGGGCACAUGGCGGGAGGAGGAGCAGCCGCUGCUCCGGCGGCCGGGCCCCUGCGCCCGGGCCCAGCGCCUGGCGGCCGGAGGCUUCCUGCGGGGCCGGGCCAGCCCAGCCCCCGAGCGCCGCCCCCGCCCCAAGUCCACUUCGGAUGCCUGCCUGGAGCACUGGCGGGGGCUGGAGAGCGACGACUGGACUGCCUCUCUUCUCUCGCGGGGCCGCAGCCGCCAGCCCCUGGUGCUGGGGGACAACUGCUUCGCAGACUUGGUGGAGAACUGGAUGGAGCUGCCCGAGGCCGGGGGCGAGGGGCGGCCCCUGCCUCCCCGCUGGCUGGGGAAGGGCUUUCUGCUCAACCUCUCGGAGCACCUCCGGCGCCGGCUGGGAGGGAGCCGGGGCCGGGCCGGAGAGGCGGCCCAGGGGGGCGGCAGGGCGGCCAUGGCGGCCAAGCGCCUGUCCUGCCCCCCCGUGCCUGGCUGCCCACUCCCCGGAUCGGACCUCGCCACAGACUUCACCCGCUUCGCUGCCCUCAUGAGCAGCCGCAGCCGGCAGCCCAUCAUCUGCAACGACGUCAUUGGCUAUAUCUGAGCCCCUCCCACCCUCAGGACAAUAAAGGGUUUUCUUCUUGAGA